CACUCCCCAGCCAUGACCAAGGCGCCCUUUGCCUCCGUGGCCUGGCUUUCCCAGAGCAGCCGGGCGCCCAAGGAGUCCCGCGAAGAGCCCCCCGAGGCCCGGCGGGGAGAGCCCUACGUCCAGGGGGUGCCUUCGGAGAGAGAAGGCCCUCCUGUGAGCCGAGGGUCGCCUCCCCAGCAGCAGCAAGUACCCCCUUCGCCGCCCAAGGCUUCACUGGGACCCUUCGCUCCCUCUUCCGCAGCCUUGGCGUGCCCCGAGGGGGAGUGGGUGUCCUCGGGGGGCGGCUCGGACGGGGAAGGGAGCCUCUCGGAAGGAGGCCCACCCGCCGGGAAGAGCCCCCAAAGCAGCAGCAGCAGCAGCAGCAGCAGCAGCAGCCCCCGGCGCCGGCUCCGCACGGCCUUCAGCCUGGAGCAGAUCAGCACCCUGGAGAGCGCCUUCCAGCGCCACCGCUACCUGGGCGCCGCGCAGAGGCGCAAGCUGGCCGCCAAGAUGCAGCUCUCCGAGGUCCAGAUCAAGACCUGGUUCCAAAACCGGCGGAUGAAGCUGAAGCGCCAGAUGCAGGAGAUGCGACCAGAGGUUUAUUCUUCCAUUCCUUUUUACAGUCCUCUCCCCUUUGCUCCCCCGAGUGGGCCUUUGUCCUACAUGUAUUCACCCCACCAGCAGACAGUGAGCAAGAGGGAAGAUCCCAUGCCUUUGGGCCUGCCUUUCCCACCUCUACCGGCUCCCCCCAUUGACCCCAGGAGCCCCUCAGCAGGGCAGCCAGGGGCUCUCUGGCCCAUGCCCUUGCCUUGCCUUGUGGGAUACCAAGACCCUCGGACUGUAUUCAUGACCCUCUGA